AUGAAUUUAUGUUUUCGUUAAAACUGAAAAUACGUUGUCCUGUCUGAAUUCUCUCUCUCUCUCUAUCCGCUUCCCUUCUAUGCUUUCUAUGAUUCCCAUUCGUUUUACCCCAAACAGUACAAAAAGAGAAAAAAAGAAAAGAAUUAAAAGACAGAGAGAAGGUUAGAGAAAAAAUCUCGCCGCCGGCGAUAUUCUCAAACACGAAACUCACCGGAGUGAAGUGACGUUCACUCGAUUUUUUCACUGAGUAACCCUUGUUUCCAGAAAAUGCAUUGAUUCUUAGCCUCAUCGGAAACAGUGACAAUAUUAUCGCCUCAAAAGAUUAAAAAAAUGCGCGACGAUGAAGUUGGCGACGAUGUCUCCAGCUCGAAGAACAACAUUCCAGAGCCUGAAAAGGAAGACAGUCCGUCUCCGCCGGUUGUAAUAGCCGGUAGAAGUCGUUCUCAAGGAGGAAGUCGGAGAGUAACACCAACAAGCUUCACCGUUAUUUCUGACGGCGGAUCUGUUGUGGAGAAAGUUCUUCCUAACGGAGAUUUCUACGUCGGAAGCUUCUCCGGCACCGUACCUCACGGAUCCGGUAAAUAUCUUUGGACGGAUGGUUGCAUGUACGAAGGUGAAUGGAAACGUGGAAAAGCUUCCGGCAAGGGAAAAUUUUCAUGGCCUUCAGGUGCGACUUACGAGGGAGAGUUCAAGUCGGGUCGUAUGGAAGGGUUUGGAACAUUCGUUGGAUCCGAUGGAGACACUUACCGUGGGUCAUGGAGCUCCGAUAGAAAACACGGGUUCGGGCAGAAACGUUACGCGAACGGUGAUUUAUAUGAAGGAUGGUGGAAGCGUAACGUACAAGACGGACAGGGCCGUUACGUUUGGAAGAAUGGGAACGAGUACGUUGGGGAAUGGCGUAACGGCGUUAUUUCUGGUAAAGGUCAGUUAGUAUGGGUUAACGGAAACCGUUACGAGGGUCAGUGGGAGAGCGGGGUGCCGAAAGGACAAGGAGUUAUGAAGAUACAGCAUCGUUUCAAUUUGAAGGCAAGCAGUGGUGGUGGUGGUGAUUUUGAUGGGUUGUUGUGGAGUGACAAUUUUGCCCUUCCUAUGAGGAAACGUUCUUCUGUUGAUACUGUUAGUGCUAGAGGGAGUGUGAAUGAGAAGAGUUUUCCCAGGAUUUGUAUUUGGGAAUCAGAAGGUGAAGCUGGUGAUAUCACUUGUGAUAUUGUUGAUAAUGUUGAAGCUUCCAUGUUUUAUCGUGAUGGAACGAUUUCGGAUCCUGAUGAAUUUCGACGCCACCCUUGUUGUUUCUCGGCUGAGGUUAAGAGACCUGGUCAAACUAUAUCCAAAGGGCAUAAAAAUUAUGAGUUGAUGCUUAAUUUACAAUUGGGGAUAAGGUAUACUGUUGGAAAGGAAGCAUCGUUGUUGCAAGAGCUUAAAUCUAAUGAUUUUGAUCCUAAGGAGAAGUUCUGGACUAGGUUUCCCUCUGAAGGAUCCAAGAUUACUCCGCCCCAUCAAUCCGCAGAGUUUCGAUGGAAAGAUUACUGCCCUGUGGUUUUUAGACAUUUGAGGAAGCUGUUUCAGGUUGAUACUGCUGAUUAUAUGUUGGCUAUAUGUGGGGAUGAUGCACUCAGGGAACUUUCCUCUCCUGGGAAAAGCGGAAGCGUCUUCUACUUGACCCAAGAUGACAGAUUCAUGAUUAAGACAGUGAAGAAAUCGGAAGUCAAGGUUCUUCUUCGGAUGCUUCGAAGCUAUUACAAACAUGUGUCUCGAUAUAAGAAUUCACUUGUGACAAAAUUCUAUGGCGUACAUUGUGUCAAACCGAUUGGAGGCCAGAAGACCCGGUUUAUUGUGAUGGGCAAUCUUUUCUGCUCUGAAUAUCCAAUUCAUAGACGAUUUGAUUUGAAAGGAUCUUCACAUGGUCGCACAACUGAUAAACCUGAGGAUGAGAUUGAUGAAACAACCACCCUCAAGGACCUUGAUCUGAAUUAUGUGUUCCGUGUACAAAGAAAUUGGUUCCAGGACCUUAUCAAACAAAUUGACCGGGAUUGCGAGUUCUUGGAAACUGAGAAAAUUAUGGACUACAGUCUUUUGGUCGGCCUUCACUUUCGUGAUGAUAACACAUACGACAAAAUGGGGUUGUCACCUUUUCUUUUACGCACUGGCAAUCAGGAUUCUUAUCAUAGUGAGAAGUUCAUGCGUGGUUAUCGCUUUCUUGAAGCAGAGCUGCAAGAUAGGGAUCGUGUUAAGUCUGGAAGGAAAUCAUUAAUUGGCCUAGGAGCCAAUAUGCCUGCAAGAGCAGAGCGAUUGCAAAGGAGGAGCGAUUUUGAUCAAUAUACCAACAUCGGAAUCAGCCAUUUGAAUCCUUAUAGCAGUGGGGAGACAUAUGAAGUCGUUCUAUAUUUCGGUAUUAUUGACAUUUUGCAAGAUUAUGACAUCAGUAAGAAGCUUGAGCAUGCUUACAAGUCCUUGCAAGUUGACGCUACUUCAAUUUCUGCUGUUGAUCCAAAGCUUUACUCAAAAAGGUUUCGAGAUUUUGUUGGGAGAAUAUUCAUUGAAGACUGGUAGUAUCAGUGUGAUCAGUGAGUUCAAAAUGAGGCUAAAAAAUAUUUCCUCCUGGAAGUUAAAAAUGCCAUGAUCACAAAAUCCAGGAAAAAUAUUUUGAAGAUUCAAUCCCACUGCAGAGGUAGGACCUUGGAGUUUACUGUUUAAUUAUCAUGUCACUGUGUUCAGGUGGGGCCUCAAAGAAUCUCACUUGAGUUGGGAUUGUUUUAUGGCUGAAUUUUAAGGAUACAGCCAUGAUGAUGAUGAUGAUAUGCUGAAUGAAGCCGGGAAAACAUGUAUAUGAAAAAAAAUGGGAUGAAAUUCGGACUUAUUUUUUUUAUUGGGGUGGUAGUUAUUAAAUUUUUUGUUAUUACUAAUAGGAUAUGAAUAUGAUGGCAUAUAGGAAGAGGGAACAAAGGGGGAAUUGUUUCCCUGAGAUAAGAUUCGAAAUGCGUGGAUAUUAUUAGAAAAAUAAAAACAAUGUACAGUUUUUAUACAAAAGGAUGGAUGGAUAGUGGAAGGAUUUUUUUUUUCAAAUUAUUAUUUUUUCUUGAGUUGUUGUGAAUGUAAGACGCAUUUUGACGACCAUGUAAUGAGAUGAAGUUGUCUUCCCUGUAAAGUCUAA